GCCCGCUUACAUCCGGCCUUCCUCCCCCCACGUGUGUCCGCCUCCCUCGAUCCUCCAUCGCCGCCACCAUGCUGCUGGCUCGGGCUCUGCGCUCCGCCGCCCGCCUCUCCGCCGUGGCGCGCCGCCCUCUCCAGCCCCUGGCAGCGCCUCGCCCGCCCCUGGCCGCCGCCGCCGCCCGGCCCUUCACCCGCUCGCUCUGGCUCCUGCGCGGCGCUGCCCAAGGCCCCGGCGGCCUCCUGCGGCCGGGCUCGCCCUCCGUCUCCUGCGCCUGCGGCGGCCUCCACACCGACGGUGACAAAGCGUUUGCAGAGUUCCUGACAGAUGAAAUCAAGGAGGAGAAGAAAAUCCAGAAACACAAAUCCCUUCCCAAGAUGUCCGGAGGAUGGGAACUGGACAUACAUGGCACGGAGGCCAAGCUAGUGCGGAAAGUAGCUGGUGAAACGAUCACCGUUUCGUUCAACAUUAACAACAGCAUUCCGCCGAGCUUUGACGAGCCCCAAGAAGGCCAGAAACCUGAUCAGCAAGAGCCCGAGCUCACGUCAACCCCAAACUUCGUUGUGGAAGUCACGAAAGAUGACACAAAGCAGACUCUCGUGCUGGACUGCCACUACCCUGAGGAUGAGGUUGGUCAGGGCGAUGACGAAGAGAAUGACAUCUUCUCCAUCCGGGAGAUCAGCUUCCAGCCUGUGGGAGAGCCGGAAUGGCAGGAGAAUAACUACACCCUCAACACGGACUCUCUUGAUUGGGCUCUGUAUGACCACCUAAUGGACUUCUUGGCUGACCGAGGGGUGGACAACACGUUUGCAGAUGAGCUUGUUGACCUCAGCACAGCGCUGGAGCACAAGGAAUACAUUAGGUUCUUGGAAGACCUUAAACUCUUUGUCAAAUGUCAGUAGCUUAAGAGAGCAGUGUUAGGGUAGGGCCUGUCAAGGGCGCAAUUUCACGUGCUUUUUGCCAUUGGCUGUGGAACAAGAGAGCAAGAGAGAAAAGCUUCACAGUGGGGCUUAAGCAUGCAUCGGGACUCUUUCAGAACCUGGUAGCAAUCUUGUUACAGGCCUGACUGCUGUCGUGCGGCCCCACAAACCACAGUCACCCCUGCUACCCUUGGAAGUGUGGCUUUUUCCCCCCUUGUACAAUUUCAGAAGGAAGGAAAAUAAUGUCAAAAUAAAUCCAGGUGAACCUUU